GGCAGCAGCAGCUAUGUGUUUCCCCCCCCCCCCCCACAGACGAUAUGACCAUGUUGUGUCCGGUAACGCCUCUGAAAUAUACUCGUUAUGUGCAAACACUCGUCAGAGCAUUUAAACAGACAAGCAGACAGAGGUGUGCGCAGUCUGAGGAGUUCAUCAGGAGAUUUAUUUCAGACAACACGGAGAUAGUUGGAGAGCGGACUCUGACUCCAGAGAUCAAACUGAGGCUGUUCACCCCGAACUGCACAUUCUGGCGAGAGAGGCCAGAGUUUUGGCCUUUCGACGACCCGUACUGGGCCAUAUACUGGCCCGGAGGACAGGCGCUCUCAAGAUAUCUCUUGAAUAACCCUGGAGUGUGCGGGGGCAAGACGGUUCUGGAUCUGGGGAGUGGCUGUGGAGCCUCGGCUAUCGCUGCAAAACUGUGUGGUGCUGCUCAUGUUGUUGCUAAUGACAUUGACCCUGUUGCAGCCGUUGCGACUCACAUGAACUGUGAGCUGAACGACCUGGAGCCGCCUGUUUGUCUCAUUAACAACGUGAUUGGUUUAAAACCUGAGGCCUUCGACCUGAUCCUCCUGGGUGACAUGUUCUACGACGAGGCCCUCGCCACCAGCCUUCACAGCUGGUUGGACCGUUGCAUCGAAGUCCACGGCACCAAAGUCCUGAUCGGAGACCCCGGAAGAGCCCAGUUUGAGGAGCACGGCAUCCGACAACUCCUGCGUCAGUUGGCUCAGUUCGAGUUGCCCGAGUCUGUCAGAGAGGAGAACUAUGGUCUGACCUGCAGCGGUGUUUGGAGCUAUCGUCCUGAACUCUGUAAUUAAUGUAACAUGUACUCAGCUGCAAAUGACUGCACGAAGUGUUAUGGGAUGACUUUGUAGCUAUACACUCAGGGUCACUCAGUUUUCACUUGUUGCUUCACCAGUGGUAAAAAACUGUCGAUACUUGAUAUUUGUUUAAUACCCAGGAUGCACGUAGACAGUAUAAUAAAGCAAAGUCUUGAUAUGUGAAUGUUUAAUUUCCUGUAUUGUUGCUUUUAAUUUACAUACAGAUUUAAACAUUUUC